CCGCUGAGCCGCCGAGAAGGUCUUGGGUGUCGCCGCGUCCCCGCCGGGAUGAGCCACCGCCACAGCCAGCGCCGCGGGCCCCGGGCCGACAUGGUGCCUGAGAUCGCCGCUGCCGUGGGCUUCGUGUCCGGCCUGCUGCGGACGCGGGGCUGCGUCAGCGAGCAGCAGUUGCAGGUGUUCAGCGGGGCGCUGCGGGAGGCGCUCACAGAGCACUACAGACACCACUGGUUCCCCGAGAAACCCUCCAAAGGCUCCGGCUACCGCUGCAUCCGCAUCAACCAGAGGAUGGACCCUCUGCUGAGCCGUGCAGCGGGCCAGGGGGGGCUGGCAGUGCCCCAGCUGUUCCAGCUGCUGCCCCGCGAGCUCACGCUCUGGGUGGAUCCCUACGAGGUCUCCUAUAGGAUCGGCGAGGACGGUUCCAUCUGCGUCCUCUACCAGGCCACCAAACCCCCCAGCCCCUACGGAGGGAUGCUCACCUGCAAGAACCAGAUGAUGCUGGGCCGUAGCAGCCCUUCUAAAAACUACAUCAUGACUGUCUCCAGUUAAAAAAAAAAAAAAAAAAAAAAACAACAAAAAAAAGAAAAACAAAAAAAAAAAAACCACAAAACACGACAAAAAGAAAAAAAAAACUUUUUCUCCUCCUUGUCCUUACACUGCCAAGACACAGGCUACUGUAAUACCUCAAGCUGAGGAUCUAUUUUUAAGAUGAAGAGCUAUUUAUAUUUUUUAAAAAAAAAACCUCCAGAAAAUCCAAAAUUAAAAUUUCGGGCGCCGCUCUGAGCCGAGGCGACGCCCCGGGUGCCUUUUCUAAAGCUGUUGCGGGCUUGUGAGUUUCUCUUUUUUGUAUUAUCAUUGUUGUUAUCGUGAAGCUGAGAUCUGCCUGAUGAUGAUUUUGGGGCUGGCUUUGGAAUGGGGGAUGAGGAGGCGAAGCCAGUCUGGGCAGUGUGGCUGCCUUGUCACCUUGUCACCACCCUGCUUGUCACCGCUGCUGCAUCUCCAGGUGUUGCAGUGCUGGGUUUGUGGCCUGGAUUUGGUGUCACCUCAGGGCUGGGUGACCCUGGGGACAUUGGGGUCACCCUCCUGGAUGUGCAGCAGCUCUGCCCUGCCCUAUUGGGUGACACUGGGGACAUUGGGGUCACCCUCCUGGAUGUGCAGCAGCUCUGCCCUGUCCCUGUCCCAACCCCUGGAAAGGCUCCCCCAGGACCUGGAGCAGGGCAGAGACACCUGGGAGUGUCCCCAGGGUGACCCUGGUGGCACUGAGGGGACAUUCCUGGUGCUGCCACCACCCCAGACCAGGUGCCUUUUCUAAAGCUGUUGCAAGCUUGUGAGUUUCUCUUUUUUGUAUUAUUAUUAUUAUUAUUGUUAUUAUUGUGAAGCUGAGAUCUACCUAAUGAUGAUUUUGGGGCUGGCUUUGGUCACCUGAGGAUGAGGAGGUGAAGCCAGGCAGGGCAGUGUGGCUGCCGUGUCACCUUGUCACCACCCUGUUGUCACCUUCCCUCUGCUGUUGCUGCAUCUCCAGGUGUUGCAGUGCUGGGUUUGUGGCCUGGAUUUGGUGUCACCUCAGGGCUGGGGACAUUGGGGUCACCCUCCUGGACGUGCAGCAGCUCUGCCCUGUCCCAUUGUGUGACCCUGGGGACAUUGGGGUCACCCUCCUGGGUGUGCUGCAGCUCUGCCCUGCCCCAUUGUGUGACCCUGGGGACAUUGGGGACAUUGGGAUCGCCCUCCUGGAUGUGCUGUCCCAACCCCUAGAAAGGCUCACCCAGAACCUGGAGCAGGGCAGAGACACCUGGGAGUGACCCUGGUGGCACUGAGGGGACAUUCCUGCUGCUCCCACCACCCUGGACCGUGAAUUUUCUGCUCCCAGGGGCCCAGCCCUGCCCUGGUGUCCCCUCUGUGUCCCCUCUGUGUCCCCACCCUGAUCCUGCCACCUCCUCGUGUCCCUGCUCUCCUUGUCCUGCAGGCCUUGGUGUGUGACGCCCCCUUUUUGCUGCCUUUUCUCCCCAAAUCUGGAUUUUUGGGGGGCUCUCCCUGCUCUCUCUGGGUGUUUUGGGGUCCUGAUGUUGCUUUUCAAAGCCACAGCACUUCCCUGCCCCCCUUGGGAAGGGGAUUUGGGUUGAUCUCCUUGGUACAAAACUUUUUGCACAAUUUUCAAUUCCUGCUCUCUGCAUUUCCUUUUGCAUUCAGGGAGGCUCUGCCAGGGUGGUUUUGGGGAUUUGGCCACAAAUCCCAAAUUUAGUGGCAGCUAAAGUUCCUAAAUCCCACCCUGAUUUUGGGAAGGAGCUACAAACACCACUGAGAACUUUUAAAAUGUUUUCUUUAGGAUUUGGCCACAAAUCCCAAAUUUAGUGGCAGCUGAAGUUCCUAAACCCCAUUUGAUGCUGGGAAUGAGCACUACAAACACCUUUAAAGGGUUUUUUUUUUAGGAUUUCACCUUUAAAUCCCAAAUUUAGUGGCAGCUAAAGAUCCUAAACCCCAUCUUGAUUUUGGGAAGGAGUUACAAACACCACUAAGAAACCUUUCAAGGGUUUUUCUUUAGGGUUUGGCCAUAAAUCCCAAAUUUAGUGGCAGCUAAAGUUCCUAAAUCCCACCCUGAUUUUGGGAAGGAGCUACAAACACCGCUGAGAACCUUGAAAUGGAUUUUCUUUAGGAUUUCACCUUUAAAUCCCAAAUUUAGUGGCACCUAAAGAUCCUAAACCCCACCUUGAUUUUGGAAAGGAGCCUUUCCUGGGAUAUCCCAAAUCCUCUGCCCCUUUUCCCACCCCCUGGAGCUUCCUCAGGGAGAAAUUUGAGCCUUGGUUGUUGCAAAACCUCCUGGAUUUUUCUCUUCCCCUUUUCCUGACGUGGCAAAACCCCAGAGCUGUUCUCACCCAGCCCCUGGUGAUUCAAAUUCUCAGAUAUUUGUGCAACACAUUUCCAAAUCCUGCCUGCUCUGGGAGAGGCAGGAACCUCUUGAAUACAUUCAAUUAUCCAGCUCAGCAACCCAAAAUUCUAAAAUUCAAUUUUUUUUUUUUUUUUUUGCAAGUCCAGAACUGAAAAAUCAACCUAAAUUCACAAAUAUUUAUAUUUUUUUUUAAAUGUCAUUUAAUGGUUUUUUUAAUGUUGUUUGUGCCUGAGAUCAGAGCAGAGUUUGGAGUUGCAUCAGUUCUCUCCCCCCAUUUCUAAAAUUCAGAUUUUUAUUUUUUUUGCAAGUCCAAAAUUGGAAAAUCAACCUCAAUUCUCAAAUAUUUAUAUUUUUUAAAUAUCAGGUUGCUUAUUUUUUCUUUUUUUUUUUGCAAGUCCGAAUUUGUAAAAUCAGCCUGGAUUCUCAAAUAUUUUUAUUUUAUUUUUGGAAAUGUCACAUUAUUUGUACUUGAGCAGAUCAGAGCAGAGUCUGGAUUGCAUCACUUUUCUCCCCAUUCUAAAAUUCAGAUUUUUUGGUUUUUUUUGCAAGUCCAGAACUGAAAAAUCAACCUCAAUUCUCAAAUAUUUAUAUAUUUUUUUAAUAUCAGUUUGUUUGUGCCUGAGGAGAUCAGAGCACUCUGGAGUUGCAUCGUUCCCUCUUCACUGGAAUUUCUCCCCAUUCUAAAAUUCAGAUUUUUUUUUUGCAAGUCCAAAAUUGGAAAAUCAACCUCAAUUCUCAAAUAUUUAUAUUUUUAAAUAUC